CAGAAGCAAUAACGGCAGUCAGCAGGUCCUCGGCCUCAAGGUCACGGGCAAAGGCAGGCACAGUUACCGGGACUGGCUUUAAAAAGCCAGGCGAGCUGUGGGAACGACACACCGGAGACGGCACUGCCGAGUAAGCAUGACCCGCACAGCUCUCUCACUGCUAGCAGCCAUAACCGUCCUGUUUUGCGAUGCCACGCCGGAGGACUACAAAACGUGCCCGCUGAUGGUGAAGGUGCUGGAUGCGGUGAGCGGGCUGCCGGCCUCCGCAGUCAAGCUGGAGGCGUACAGACAUACGGACAACAACUGGAGCCUCAUUCAGGAAGGGGCCACUGAUAACACAGGAGAGGUUCACGGUCUCAUUGAAGAGAAGGAUUUUGUGCCAGGACUUUACAAAGUCGUCUUCCAGACCAAAGCAUACUGGAAGUCAAAGGAUCAAGAAGCAUUUCACGAGACAGCAGAAGUGAUAUUCACGGCCCACGGCCAAGGUCAUCGUCACUACACCUUGGCUCUUCUACUAAGUCCUUACUCUUACUCAACUACUGCUGUGGUCACCAACCCGCAGGAGUAACAUGCUGAAUGACGCGCAAAGCAUCCCAGUUCAACACACCUGUAACAGGGAGAGAGAACACAAACAGAUCUGUCAUCAUAUAAACACGCCUGGAAUUGACCUACUGUAGCACAUCCAUUCCUUUGUGUAUUAAUACAAGCAAAUUAAUUUGGGGGGGGGGGGGGUCUUUAAAUUAUUGCAGGCGUAAACUAGGGCUAAUCUGAAUGCAAGUGUACUUUGCACUCUUUUAGAUGGUAUCAUGGUGGACAAUUGCAGUUACGUCCCGUAAAUGUAGUCAUGAUAAAAGACUGCACAGGUGUUUUGCUUCGAUGAGGUUUAUAAACCAAAAAGUCUAAAGUAGCAAAGAUCAUCCCUUCAAA